AUGGAAUCUGACUUCCCACCACUCCCGUUCUCGGGGCAUUCGGCUAAGCAUUCAGCAAACACCUCACAAAAGAGAGAUAGUGCGUCUGCCUCGUCAAAUCUUCUCUCUAAUUUUCGUGGAUUGGAGGUCGCUCAGAACGGUUCCAAGAUUGUUCACAAGACGUUCACCCGUGGCGGCGAUGCUAUCCUAGAAUAUGUUGAUACCGACUCACGCAAAACUGUGACGCACUAUCGCUGGCAGGUCUCCAGCGAUAGGUUGAGAGAGAAUAGUCCAUUUUUCUCCGCGUUAUUAGAUCCGAACAAGUUCUCUGAAGGAAGGCGUUUUGUUGAAAGCAAAACUGGAUCGAAGGGGUCGUCAACGACUAGAGUCGGUGAUGAACCAACAACCGAAUCAACGCAGCGUUUGCCACUAGUUGGACUGAACUUGACUCGUUUAACGGGCAAACAUCGGAUAGAAAGUCUUGAACUAUUUCUUAAAGCACUACUAUCCGCCUAUGAUCUUGACCUCAGCGCUAAGAUGGGAAUAGAGAUUGCCCACCAAUCCGUUCCGGUGAUUGCUGGCUUAAUAGAGAUUUCCGAUCUCUUUAGCUCGUCAGAUGUGAUUAGUGAUGCUCUGAGGCAUGCGAAUUACCGGCCGUCAAUCAAGGGUAUCCAGUCUCUAGAGGUGUUCAGUUCGUCUUUAUUGAAACUUAGCGACGAAAGACUCCGGCAAAUCAUAUAUAUAGCAAUGUUCACACAACACGAUACAAUAUUCCGGGUGGCUUCCCAUGCAUUGGUGUUGACUGGGUCCGUUAGAUGGUCAGAUGGCGGUAUCGGACUUAACAAGUAUGGGAAACAUCGCUGGUCGUAUUUAGACACUGGAAUAGAAGAAGAAUUAUAUUACCGAAGGCAAUGUAUAAUGAACACGAUAACGGAUCUACAAGCGCAUUUCUUACGCGCAUACGGUGCAUUGGAAGACGAUGUUGAGCGCAGUAAACCGCAACCGAAGCAUAAUAUGCUUAUGACAGCCGUUUCGUCCAACGCCAAACCAUUUCAAUGCCGUUGGGGAUUUGACAAUUCCAAGGCAUGUGAUUCGUUUCAUCUCGGUGAAAUGGUUCGAUUUUUCACAAUGCGGUCCAAGACCAUAUUCCUAGGUUCUACGUUGAUUGACCCUGGGUAUGAGAAUGGCUCUGAAGAAGAAGACGACGACGAUGAUGAUGGAGAGGAUGAACAAAAUAAUGUGAAGAAAUCAUCUGGGACUGAGAGAAGCCAACCUCAGGAUGAAGCCGUUGAUCGCACAGCGAACGUAGCGUCUUCUGAUAUCCUAUCAAUCACCUCGUCUCUGCGGCAGAUCCCUGAUUAUCAGAUCGACACCAAUCACACCGGAUGCGGUAUCCGGCGGCGUCUACUUCCAGUAUUAGAUUGCAUCGAUGGAUUCAUUGGCCACCGAAGGGCUCUCAUCGGUUUAACGGAUGUGACAGUGUGGAAAUCGAGCACGCGUGCUACUCAACGAAAGACGAACCUGGAUUCUUGGAGAUCAUCUGGUCUAUUAAGAGCAGAAGAAGUUGAUAUACGUGGAGCAAAGAUUCCCUUUGCUGUUGUGUUGGAUAAGAAUGGUACAGCGGUGGCACCGAGCACGACGUCAGCAGUCAACGUUAUACACCAACACAGGGAGGAGGCAAGAUUCUUUUUCACGGCAAAGAAAAGGAAUUGGGAAAGUUGA